GUUAAAAUUUUGAACAUGAUUUGAAGAAAAUUUAACACCAGAUGGCGCAUUUAUUUUUCAGUGAUACGUGUUACCUGUUAACCUAUUAUGGCUUUUCAAAAAAGGCGGAAAUUAAAUUGGUCUAACUGUGAAGCACAUUUAUAUAGUAUUUAUAUAGGUGGAGUUUAUUUUUAUAUAUAUAUAUAAUUUUUACAAAAAUAAAUUGUAUAGAAGAAAGAAAGGGCACACAUAAAUAUGCCGGUCGAUCAAAUUCAGUACUCCGGUAAAUACAACGAUGAUAAAUAUGAAUAUAGGCAUGUUAUUUUACCAGCAGAUUUAGCAAGACAUGUACCAAAAACUCAUCUUAUGUCAGAAACUGAAUGGAGAAAUUUAGGAGUUCAACAAAGUCCAGGUUGGGUUCAUUAUAUGAUGCAUGUACCAGAACCUCAUGUGCUAUUGUUUCGACGACCAAGGACUGACGUUUUAACAACUUCAAGAAGUACAUCCUUUCACGGAGAUUAUCAGAAGGUUAUAGGACUUGAAAUAAAUUUUAAAUAUUAAAUGCAAAACAUAAUACAUUUAACAUAUAUCAGCAUAAUUAUAUUUGAAGCAAUAGUUUUAUGCUGAUUUCUUGAUGUGUAAAUAUUGAUUUUUUAUAAAUUUUGAAGCAUUGUAAUUAAUAAAUCAUCAUUGUCAUAAUAACAAACCAAUUUUAUGUACAAGUAAUAUUGAAAAAUCACAUAAAUUUCCAUUUUAUGAAAUAUAUAUGUGUAAUUAAAUAUUUCGAUUUACACAAUUUUGUGAAAUUGUAUAUCAAUGUAUAUAGUUAAUCAUUAUACACGAUCAAAAAUAAAUUAUAUAUUAACAGUUAAGUAAUUAAUUACUGUCUAUAUUGGUA